UGAGUAGAAGUAGAAAGAUAUAUUACAUCUCUUUAUGGAUGUCAAGGUGAUGAAGAACUGAAAAAUCAGUAGAUGUGAAGGUAGAAGUUAUCUACAAGCUUUGUUGUGAGUUGAAAAGAUGUGUCAUUAUGGGGAACAAGCUAAACCAGUUCUUUACAUUGUGACUCACAGGAGGCAAUUGGAAUUGCUAAGAGUAGUGUGUACAAUGAAAAAACAAGGACAUAUUUGCGUUAGACAUGAUGUUGUCAAGCAAUUGUUAAAGCUUGGAAUUUGUAAGGUCCGAGAGAAAUUUGGCGGAUCUUUAACCAAAAUUUGGCAAAGAGAAUAAUUCUUGAAACGUCUAGGGGGAUAGGGCUAAAGCCAUGGAUUGAGGUAAUAUGGUGGAUACCCAUUUGUGGUCAAACGAAGCCAUAUAGGCCGUCAAUAUACACUACAUAUCCUAUCCCUAUGACGUGUGGUAGUAUUUUGUAAGGUUGAGUUUUACUCUUAAUCCAUAGCCCGUUGUGGGGGUGUGUUUGAGAAGCACUUAAUGGAUUCACCGUUUGAUAUGAGAAGGUUGAGCUUAUUCUGCUCUUAAUGGUUCCAUAGCCUUAAGGUGGUCUAUUUGAGAUAGACUUGAUGGAAUCACCUACGUGAGUGUAAAGGUGUGGUCGCCUUUUAUGAAAGACUUGGGCCGUCUUUCUAGAGCACUCAUAAGACCCGAGGUGUGUGCAUGACCAUAAAAGCACUUUGUUAGUAUCGCGGAGUUUGCAUAAAAUUAAGGAUAUCGUAUGUGUUGUGGGGGUCUCAACUUAUGUCCAUUUAGUUCAAGAGUACUUCACUUUGUGGAUAUUAGUUGUUGCCUCAUUUCACUAUGUGUUAAUUCAAAUUGAAAGAUAUUGACACUUAAGUACAUGUUCCUUCCUUUUGCCCAGAAAUUAUUUCUUAUUAUUUUUUUUAGAUAUGUGGGGGAUUGUAAAACAUGGAUACUUAUAUUAUUAAUAUCUCAAAUAAAGAAUAAGAAACAUCUUUGAAAUUUAUAUAAUAUCUACUAUUAAUUUUGGUCAACAGAAGAAUUGAUUAUAUGUUUUAUGAGUCUUAAUGGUAGCCCUCAUAAUGAAGGAUAAUGUUUUGAAUUGUCUUUAUGGCCUUCAUUACAAUUGUCUUUAUGAUCUUAAUUACUCUUAUAAUUUCAUGAAAAAUAUUUUCAAAAAAAGCUAAAUACUUUGCUACAUAUAUGAUCUUAUGGGAUCAUAUUUGGCAUAUCAAAAAAGAUAAAGUAAAAUCUUUUCUUCUUCUUCUUUUUAUGGGCAACUGUGUUUGUCCAAACUCCAAACUUUCAGCUACUAGUGCAAGUGUUUGGAAGUGUUGUGGAACCUUAGGGAGCGACCGGGAUAAACAAUUUGUGCCACAGUCGGUCCGAAAUCGCUUGCAAGGCAGUGGCUUGCCAUGACGCAGCGUUCAUCCGAUAAGAAUGAAGCGAAGGUCAUCCAAGAAAUUGUUAAAGUGGUUGAGAGGGAGGUGACAAUCAUCAAAUCAACUGAAAUAAUGCAUCUCAGGGCAGUGGAAUUUCACAUGAAAAGGCUAGGAUGUUUAAGGAUAGGAUUUGAUGAAAAUGUUCGUGUUAUUGGGAUGUGGGGAGCCCCAAGAACGGGAAAGACUGCAACUGCAAAAGCCAUUUUUGACAUGUUUUCACACCACUUUGAAGGUGCAGUGUUUCUUCCAACUAUUGGGGAAGUUACAAAGGAACAUGACCUUGUAUAUUUGCAAAAUGACCUCAUCAAAGAAACCUUCAAUUAUCAUGUUCAGGCUAAUGACAUAUUUGAGGGAACCACCUUGAUAAGAGAAAAACUUCAAUCUAAGAAGGUCCUCGUUGUUCUUGAUGGAGUUGAUCAUGUGAACCAGAUACGUGCUUUGGCUGGUUAUCAUGAUUGGUUUGGUAAAGGUAGUAGAAUUUUUGUCACAACUAGGGACAAGAAUGUGCUGCUACAACAUAAAAUGGAUGCAAUUUACGAGGUCAAAUUACAAGUGAGAAAUGAAGCCCUUCAGCUAUUACAUAGAGUAACCAAAUUGGCUGAGGAAAAUACAGGCGUCCACAUUUUUAGCAUCCUAGCCAGAGAAUUCAUACUUCUUCAAGUAAGGCUAUUCCUUGUGGAAUUUCUGUGGAGGAUCGUUCAUGAUAACUUCUCAUAAUUUUUUGGCAAUUUUAUCUUUUCCUAUAUAGUUUUUGGUUCUUAUUUACCUAGAAUUCUUUUGAGAUUUGUUUUUUGUAAUGAACAUAGCAGAGCAAUGAUGUGUAUUCUAGGAGUUGAAUGUGGAAUUUUGGGAACAACCUCCACAAAAUAGCGGACGUGAUUAUUGAUGGUAGAAUGAUAUUUGUGAGUUGGAACUCCUGAUUCAUAGAAACAAAUCAGGGCACUAUUAUAAAACGAAGCAAGUAAUAGGAAAAGAAAUGGCAAGAGCGAAACAAAAGAAGAUAAAAACAAAGUUUUCAACUACUGAAGUGACGUGAAAACCUCGUAAUUGAUUUUGGACGUAUUAUUUAGUUUCUUAAAAGCUGUUAUAUUAAACUGAACAACUAAAUAGAGGUGAUAGAUUUGAUCCAUGAAUGUGUAACCCAUCCCAUAUUUAACGGGUUGGGUCAAUAAUAUUUCUUUGUUGGGUCAAUUUAGGUUGCAACAGCAGCCGACCCAUCUUUUAAACGGGUCAAUUGCGGCUGCU